CCAUAUGGUAUUUUCCAAUUUCAAUUAUGAAUUUAUCUCAUUUUGAAACAAUUUUUUAAUAGUGUCGGUCGAUUCAAUUCUGCCUCAGACCGAUCAAUCUGAUUUGAUCCUAGGAAUAGUAAUGUAUUAAUUGAUUAAGUUGAUAAAUAGCUACACCCCUUUUAAAUAAAAUAAAAUUGAGGCUGUAUGUGGCUCAAGUCAAUUAAAAAUAGUAGAUAAAAUAAAAAGCAGGUGGAAUAUCAAUAAAAGGAAUCUCUUUUAAACUAGUAAUUUUAAUGUAUAUGUAAUGUGCCAAUCCCAUAAGUAUUAGAGUCCAUGAUUAUACUUUUCCACCCUUAGACCCUCCCUUCCUUGCCUCUCUCAUUUCAGCGCGCGCUCGUGUGGCAGUGAAGUCCUUAUAAAAGCAGCAGCUCUCAGGUGAUCCGCGCGGAGCGUCCGUGCGCUCUUCCCAUCCUCCGCUGCUGCUGUUGCUUUUGCUGCUGUUGCUGUCAGCCUGACAGGAGCGGAGGAAAAAGCUCACCACUCAGCAGCGACGCUCACCCCCCUCCUCCCUCCUCCCUGUGUAACCUGUAAACCUGCGGGCGGACAGGGCCACGCUCGGCGCUGCAGAGCAACUCUACUGCGCUCCAGGAUCCCGUCCUCUCCGUGAGCUUUUGCUCUGCUCCUGCGGAAUCAGACUUCUAGCCGAUUCGGGAGCCGAUGAGCCACUUUGAGCAGCCUUGUGUUUUCUUCUGCGCCCUGCUUAGAAAACUGCAGAUCUUCGGUGCGGUGCGCCGCUGUGGCGCUGCGCUGAUGCACGCAUCCCGAUGCCGCUAAAAACAAAUCCUCCUCCUGCUCUUAAGCGUCCGGGUUUCCCCCCAUGUGGUAAGUGAGUGAUGGCGACAGAACCGAACCAAAAGUCAGCGGCUUCUUCUCCCGGGUGGACUGUGCCACAGAUGCAUGCAUUCCUGCAGAGCAUCUGAACCGCGGCGGCUCUCUCUGAGACACUUUCUGCAUCCUUUGCGUAGCCAUGGAUCUCAAAGUAGAACCCGAGGAAAUCGACUCCAACCGACCGCCGCCCAUAGAAGUUUUCGCGCACAGCUCGACCCUGCACGGCAUCGCGCACAUCUUCACGUACGAGCGCCUCUGCAUCAAACGCUGCCUGUGGCUCCUGGUGUUCCUGUGCUCCUUGACGCUCCUGCUGUACGUCUGCGUGGACCGGAUCCACUAUUACCUGGAGUACCCGCACGUCACCAGACUGGAUGAGGUCGCGACCCCGAUCAUGACGUUCCCCGCCAUCACCUUCUGCAACCUGAACGCGUUCCGCUUCAGCCGGGUCACGCGCAACGACCUGUACCACGCAGGGGAGCUGCUGGCCCUGCUCAACCACAGAUAUGAAAUACGAGACGUGCACCUUGUGGAGGAGAGCGUUCUGGAGAGUCUGAAGGUUAAGGCUGACUUCCACAAUUUUAAACCGCGGCCCUUCAACAUGAGGGAAUUCUACGACCGCACAGGUCACGACAUUAAAGACAUGCUGCUGUCCUGCCACUUCCACGGCACAGAGUGCAGACCAGGGGACUUCAAAGUGGUUUUCACUCGCUAUGGGAAGUGCUACACCUUUAACGCUGGCGGUGAUGGACGGCCUCCUCUCAUCACCACUAAAGGAGGAAUGGGAAACGGCCUGGAGCUCAUGCUGGACAUCCAGCAGGAUGAAUACUUGCCUGUCUGGGGAGAUACAGAUGAAACGUCAUUUGAAGCUGGGGUCAAAGUUCAGAUCCACAGUCAAGACGAGCCGCCGUCCAUCGAUCAGCUCGGUUUUGGAGUGGCGCCCGGCUUCCAGACUUUUGUUUCUUGCCAGGAGCAGAGGCUCAUCUAUCUGCCCCCACCGUGGGGAGACUGUAAAGUGACCCCCAUGGAUUCCGACUUUUUCGACAGCUACAGCAUCACAGCCUGCCGCGUUGACUGUGAAACACGCUACCUAGUGGACAACUGCAACUGUCGCAUGGUGUAUAUGCCGGGCGACGCGCCUUACUGCUCCCCAGAGCUGUACAAAGAAUGUGCUGACCCAGCUCUCGAUUUCUUGGUGCAACGAGACAACGACUUCUGUGUGUGUGAGACACCCUGCAACAUGACCAGAUACAACAAAGAGCUGUCUUUUGUCAAGAUCCCCAGCAAGGCGUCUGCAAAGUAUCUCGCAAAGAAAUACAACAAAUCUGAGCAGUACAUUAAAGACAAUAUUCUGGUAUUAGACAUCUUUUUUGAGGCUCUCAACUAUGAAACUAUCGAACAGAAGAAAGCAUACGAAGUGGCCGGACUUUUAGGUGAUAUUGGCGGUCAGAUGGGGCUUUUCAUUGGGGCAAGCAUCCUGACAAUUCUAGAGAUCUUUGACUACCUUUAUGAGGUGAUAAAGUACAAGCUGUGUCGCUGCUCUGAUAAGAAGCACAACAACACCGACCAAGGAACCGUCCUGAGCUUAGAUGAUGUCAAGUGUCACGUCAGUAACUUUCACUAAGCCUCUGCCACCUGAGCAGGAACCCUCCUCCAGGACUUUGUUCACGGCACUUAGUGGACUCCUGCAGCAGCAGAGCGUGUGUGACGGGACUGUGCCUUGCCGAGGUUUCUGAGCGACGCGCUGAACACGUGAGCCACGACGAGUGGCCAGCUGUGAUCGACAUGCUGUGAUGGUAGAAAAACUGCAUGGUCAUCUAUAAACAACUUUCCUGGACGGUAACAGUUAUCAGGGCAUGAUGUGAAUGAGGGUUUGCGUGCUCAGCAUUUCUGUGGUUUUCGUCGCGUGUCCUUUCAGCUGUGCUGUAUGUGGAAGUACUGUUCUUCAGCAGAAAUGUUCUCAGUUCACACUGUUGCUUUUCUUGCCACCACUCUUUAUAUUUCCAUUCAUGUCAUCCAUUUUCAUCUUAAGACUGUCUUCCCUUGUUAAUCUCAGUGCGUUCUGCCAAUAGUAUGUACUACCUCAUCUCUCAAGGAGGCCGGAACCACAGACAACCCAUGAACCAUGGAAACUGAAAAACAUAAAGGUUAUUUUUAUUAUUUAAAAAGUAGGACGACCAAACACAAGAGUAAAGCAGAAGUGGAAGCAGGCCAAAGUUUAGCCACUUACCCAGAAGCCCUACUCUGUCCUGCAUGGUCCCGCUCUACUCUGAUUAAUGGGAUAUCUACUUUGCGCCGUACCAUGCUGAGGCUGUGGUUCCACCUGCUGCUGGAUCGCAACAUCGGCAAACUCCAACCCAUCAGUAGGCCAGAAAGUAACACCACAAACUAAUAUUUUCCCUCCAAACCAGAAGUGGUCCUGAGCGUUCUUCUGCUUUUUUUCUGAUUAAUCGUUUUUAUGUAAACCCAGACACCAAGCAGCAGGUUGUAUGUUUUAGCAUUUGAUUUUAGCAGCACUACCUUUGCCUUGAUAUUGCUGUUCUGAUGGAGGUGCUGCAAACAGGAAGACGUCAAUAUACAACAAUAAGCCCGACAACUUUCAAGCUGGAUCCUGAGGUAUCUGCAGUUCCACUCAAACCAAUAUGCGGCCCAGCUUUCAGCAGAAUCCAGAAUCAAACUAUAUUCUUAAAGGUGGCAUUUGUCCUGCCGCAUCAGUGCAUUCAUUCUUAAUCUGAUGGUAAAGCCUAACAAACGCCCGAAUAUAUAAGAAAAAUAUCCUGACUUCUACUAUUUUUUAAACAUGUUUUAUGUUGUGAAUAUUGUUUUUUUUAUGUUUGGCUAUGGGUUUGGGAUUUUAAGUUGCUUCAAAAUCUUCGUUAAGAAAGCAAAUCUGCACUUUUAUUUAAAAAAAAAAUAAGACUGAAGAGGACCUUACUGUUUUUCAACUGAAAAGUUUUUUGAAUUCAAACAUAUUAGAACUGAGCACAGAAUUAAUCUUUCAAUAUAAAACUAGCGUAGUUAUCAAACUGUACAUCUCCAAAAGAGUACUUUUGCAAAAGACGUCUAAAAAUAUUAUUUUUAAUUGCAAGAUCAUAUGUUUUUUGAAAACACUGUAACGCAUUUUUUUAUUAAAUCGGAUUGUAAAUGAAAAAAUACUAUUACUGCAAUUCCUAGUAAAAAGAAAUUGUUCUUUGUCAUCAUUCAAAAAAUUGUUGGGUUGUGAUUGUGAGAUUCUCAAGUGCCCCCUGUGAUGAAGUACAACAAUUUUCCAUGAACUAUAAGUAAAAGAUUUUGUUCGAGAAAGAACUAAUGUCAACUUUAUGGAUAAAGAAUACACAAAUAGCAUGUUUCAAUUUCUAUAAACUGUUUUAUCACAAAGAAAGAAAAGUUACCGGUGGUGGACGCAUUAAAAAAAUACAAACUCUAAGCUUUGGUGGAAAUUGUUGGCCAUGAAAGUCAAAAAAACUAUUGGUGUACAGGCUGGUUUGGAAAGUAAUAUAACAGAGACUAUUUUAUCUAUAAGAAGAAGAAUAUGCUGAGCUUGGCGCUUCUUCAGAAAGGUUCCCUUUGGACAAUUAGAAAACAAGCAGAACAGUGUCUAUCAAGGAGAGGAAUUUGACACCAACAUAUUUUAGGAGUUACUUCCCUGAGCUCCUUUACUAGAACCACAGAACCCACGAACCAAACCAACAAUCUAGCUUGGGAAACUUUAGAGCAUAACUGCAGUACCUAGAAGAAGAAUUUAUAAAUAUUUAGCUGUCAAAAAGGCUCUGAAAGCAUUUUAAAACAAUCAGCCAAAAGUGCAAAUAUCUUGGGUGCACAUCAUCACAUGUUUGCAACUGCUGUACUGCUAAGGACUGAAGCCUUUAUCUGCUUUACCCUUAGAGAGUCCAAAGUUUCAUAUUGUCCUAUGUGUAACUUACUGAAGGGGUUAUUCAGUCCCAAAUAAUCAAAGGAUGAUAAGGCAACAGAAACAAAGUCAAUGCUCAUCUUGUUUGGUGCUUUAGGAGGAGGGACAGGUCUUUGAUUUAAAUUAAAAAUGACUUUGAGAUUAUUGGUUCAAAUACUACAUUGAAAACUAAUUUUUCAAUGCUUAAGGUAUACAAAAAUGUGCAGUAAAGAAGCAUCAGAAACAUGAUAAUUCCUAAAAAACGAGGUUGAUCAAUGUAGGAUUUUAUUGUGUCCAAAGACCAAUGACUAUGUUACAGUGGAAAAACAUCUUUAUUACUUUAUAAAACAUGUAUUCCUGUGCCUACACUGAUCUUUGUUUUUUUUUUUUUUUAAAGUCAGUGCAUUGAAAAAAAAAAAAACAUGACGCUUUUCCAGAUUUGUGGACUGAAUUCUCAAGGUCUCGGAUUUCAGUAUUUUGGAAGAAGCACAUCAUUACACUGUUUAUCGUAUUUGAAAUUUGCAUUUUCUAAUGCUACAUUUCCAUUUCAUCAUGUUAUGGAACACUGUGGAUUAAUGUACUGAAUGUUUUUUUUUUCCAUCUUCCAGGGCUCCAAAGUGCAUGUAGCCAUCUUUAAAUGUAGUCCAUCCGCUCUCCGUCGGCUCUGACUGAUUUGCUUCAUCGUUUCCUGUGCCUGGCUGCAUAUUGUUCUACGUUUUGUGUCUCUCUCUGUGUUGGCUGAUGCUGGCGCCAAACUCAGAUGCUGAUAUUGGUGAAUGUGUUGGCUUUGCCGGUGCAUGUUCAAUGGAUCCUUUUCUGACUGUUGUUUCAAAAGCUGGACCAUCUUAAAAGUUUCGCCGCAGUGAAUCCACUCGACGCAGAGCUUUGCGUUUGUCUCAGCAGGAAACAGGAAUGCGUUGCAGUGUUUUGUUGCUAUCGAGUGCCAUCAUGCCAUCAGCUGUAAUUUAAUGUAAAUAUUGUAAUGACUUGUUGCAAUAAAGUUGACGUGUUAGCAUCGUUUGGUCUGUCAGGUGUUAUAGUUGUGAGGGUUUAUUUGCAUAAGCUGCUUGUGUGUCUCAGUUUUCUAUAUUGUGCCAUUGCAGAUAGUUUAUUUAUUAUAGGUAUAUUAUUAUAGAGCUAUACUUCUGAGAACAUGAAAAUAAACUGCCAGGUUGUUGCUUGUGCAUUGCACCAAGUUAUUUAACCUUAACCAAGUUCAAACUUUUUUCUUUUUGCUUUGUUAAUAAUUUUGUAUUUUUACUCGUGAAGAAAGUAUGCUGUUUCAGUCUGUUAAUGUUUAUGAAAUAUGGACUUGCAGCAGUUGUUAUAAUAAACACUUAAUAACCAAA